GGGAUUGAAAACUUACUUAUUAAAAAUCGUUAUAGAUUCCAGAAAUAAAGGAACAGAGAGACACACACAAGAUAAAAAAAAAAGUAACGAAAUUGAGAGCUGAAUGAAACCAAAGAUUUGGAAUUUUUCUUUGUAUAGUUUUUCCACGAAUCGGAGUAUCACACACGGUCUUGGAAUUUUCCAGCUUAAUUUCUAAGAUUUAAAAUCGUAAUUUUUAUUUGGAAUUUCACUGUCUCUUCAUGUUGUCUAUAUAACUUUUACUCGGAAACAGGAGUGUCCCGUGUUCUUGAGCACAAACAAAGUAGCAGAACAAAGCAUAUACAAAAGCUUCAUUGCCUCGAGAUUAAACAGCAUCAAGACAACAUCCAAAAAUUACCCAGGUUUUUGUGUUUGAAACUCGAAGAUUGUUGCGGAUUCCUGAAAGAUUAAGGCUUUUAGCUCCAAGUUUCCAAGAGUGCUGUGAAUCAGCUCCCACUCUGUCUCUGCAUAUUGCAAGACACCGGUUUUGUUUCAGAAGUUUGUUUCUUCUUGUCUCAUGAUCACUAGUUUUCAGCAAUGGGGUAUGUAAACGUGGAGAAGAGAUGGGUUUUUCCUCUUGUCAUCACAUCUCUCGUCUGCGUUUUCCUUCUUGCAACUUCUUUCAACAUGGGACUAGUCUCUUCCCUCCGAACAAUCAACGGGAUUUUCUCCAUCAUACCUUCCCGUCUCGUCAAGAACCAAACGAGACUUGAUUUUGCAGAGUCUAAAGUUGCUAGACAAACCCGUGUUUUGCCUCAUGAAGACAAGCUUCCCCGUUUUGCAUACCUUGUUUCCGGGUCUAAAGGGGAUGUAGAAAAGCUUUGGAGAACACUUAGAGCAGUGUACCAUCCAAGAAACCAGUAUGUUGUUCACUUGGAUCUUGAAUCACCUGUGAAUGAGAGAUUAGAGCUGGCCUCUCGGAUUAAUAACGAUCCUAUGUACUCUAAAACCGGGAAUGUAUAUAUGAUAACCAAGGCUAACCUUGUGACAUAUAAAGGACCAACGAUGGUGGCAAAUACUCUUCACGCUUGUGCUGUUCUUCUCAAGAGAAAUGCGAACUGGGAUUGGUUUAUUAACCUUAGUGCUUCAGAUUAUCCUCUGGUGACCCAAGAUGAUCUGCUUCAUACGUUUUCAACAUUGGACCGGAACCUCAACUUUAUCGAACACACAAGUCAACUGGGAUGGAAAGAGGAGAAGCGAGCACAGCCAUUAAUGAUUGAUCCUGGACUCUACUUGUUGAACAAAUCUGAUAUUUACUGGGUCACACCUCGCCGAAGUUUGCCAACUGCCUUUAAGUUAUUCACUGGAUCAGCUUGGAUGGCUCUAUCACGCCCGUUUGUAGAGUAUUGCAUAUGGGGAUGGGACAAUUUACCACGAACUCUCCUAAUGUAUUACACCAACUUCGUUUCAUCGCCCGAAGGUUACUUCCAGACCGUGAUUUGCAACGUGCCUGAGUUUGCAAAAACUGCAGUAAACCAUGACCUACACUACAUUUCCUGGGACAAUCCGCCGCAGCAGCACCCACACGUGUUGUCACUCAACGACACAAUGCCGAUGAUAUGGAGCGGUGCUGCGUUUGCUAGGAAAUUCAGAAGAGAUGAUGAAGUACUUAAUAAGAUCGAUAAGGAAUUACUUAAACGGAGGAAUGAUAAAGAUAGUUUUACUCCUGGUGGAUGGUGCAGUGGGAAACCAAAAUGCUCCAGGGUCGGUAAUGUGGCUAAGAUUGUUCCUAGCUUUGGAGCUCAGAGGCUUCAAGGACUUGUGACCAGGUUAGUCAACGAAGCUAAUACAGGAGUUAGUCAGUGUAAAUAGAAAGAAUUCGAAGAAAAAAAGAACCAUUAUCGAAGUAAUGGAGAGCGACUGUCAUGAUAUAUAUAUUUAUACAACAUAUAGAGAAUCUUGCAGUUGCAGGCUUUAGAUAAGACUAUUAGACAUUGUUUGCAUUGAGUAGAGAUGCCUUGUAAUGCCACGACCUACUGGGAUUCAUUUUUGUUUGUUUGAAGUCAUCUCCUUCAAAAUCCAAUAAAAUUAUAACCUUUUUUUAUUGAGAUGUUUUCAGUUAUAACAGAAUAUACAAAUACAAAGAUCCAAUAUUUGUAUCCUCUCUUCUUUUUUUUUUCUCAAUAGAAAUUCUAUACACAAUGUUUCCACUUUCCUAU